UGUGACAGGGACAGGGACAGGCACAGGGACAGGGACACACACAGACAAGUUCCAUUGACGCUAUGCGACAAACAAGUUGCUCGUAGAAGCCGUACGGCAUCGGCAUCGGCAUUGGGAGCGGGACAGGGACCGGAGCAGCCGGCCGUGGUGCUAGGAGUCCUGUGCAUGGCCAGACGCCAGCUGACGCUGCCAGCCGCAAACAGCUAACAGCCACAGCCAUAGCCACCAUCGGGGCAACGGUGAAAGCAACGGAGGAGCAGCAGCAGCAGCAGCAACAGCAGCCACGGAGGGGCACGGGCACGGCCAGCAAAAUGCAGAAGGAGAACAAUGUCACGGCGGAGAAUUGCCAAUUUGUGGGGCCCUAUCGCCUGGAGAAAACUCUCGGCAAGGGUCAAACGGGUCUCGUCAAGUUGGGCGUGCAUUGUGUGAUUGGCAAAAAGGUUGCGAUUAAAAUAAUCAAUCGCGAAAAACUCAGCGAAUCGGUGCUAAUGAAGGUUGAACGUGAAAUUGCCAUAAUGAAACUAAUCGAUCAUCCGCACGUCCUUGGCCUGAGCGAUGUCUACGAGAAUAAAAAGUAUUUGUAUUUAACAUUGGAGCAUGUCUCUGGCGGUGAGCUCUUCGACUAUCUGGUGAAAAAGGGCCGCCUCACGCCCAAGGAGGCGCGCAAAUUCUUCAGGCAAAUCAUCUCCGCCUUGGACUUUUGUCACUCGCAUUCGAUUUGCCACCGCGACUUGAAGCCCGAGAAUCUGCUGCUGGAUGAGAAGAACAACAUUAAGAUAGCGGACUUUGGCAUGGCAUCGCUGCAGCCAGCCGGCAGCAUGCUGGAAACCUCCUGCGGCAGCCCACACUAUGCGUGUCCGGAGGUUAUACGGGGAGAGAAGUACGACGGACGGAAGGCGGACGUCUGGUCGUGCGGUGUCAUCUUGUAUGCCCUGCUGGUGGGUGCGUUGCCCUUCGACGAUGACAAUUUGCGCCAACUGCUGGAGAAAGUCAAACGCGGCGUCUUUCACAUACCACACUUUGUGCCGCCCGAUUGCCAGAGUCUGUUGCGCGGCAUGAUUGAAGUGAAUCCGGAUAGGCGUCUGACGCUGGCUGAAAUAAACCGACAUCCCUGGGUCACAGCUGGUGGCAAAGGUGAACUGGAGCUGGAGCUGCCAAUGAUGGAGGUGGUGCAGACACAUGUUAUACCCACGGCCACAGCCGUCGAUCCGGAUGUGCUGAAUGCCAUUUGCUCGCUGGGCUGCUUCAAGGAGAAGGAGAAGCUCAUCCAAGAGCUGCUCAGUUCGAGUCACAAUACGGAAAAGGUCAUCUAUUUCCUUUUGCUGGAGCGCAAGCGAAGGCGUCCUGCCCUGGAGGAUGACGAUGAGAUUGCGCAAAAGUCACGCAGCGAACUGGAUGCAGUGGAUCCGCCACGGAAACGGCUCGACACCUGUCGCAUCAACGGCACCAAUGUGCCCAGCUAUGGACAGAUCUCCGAGGGCUCACCGCUCACGCCUCGACGACAGGCCUUCAACUUCCGUUCGUACAGCAGCACCCGCAACCAUCAACGACGCUCACCCACAACUGUCUCCUCGUCGGUGCGGAGCUCCUCAUAUCACAGUCCGACGCGUUGCAACUCACCCAUGACCUCCGCCCAGCAGCAGGCGAAUGCCAUAUCGCGCCCCUCAUCGCCGGCGGCGGGCACUCGACACUCCACCUACGGCGAUCGCGGCGAUCGGUCCGGCUCCGGGCACCAUUCCUCGGUCAGUCGGACGCCCUCGCACAGCUCCCAGAAGAGCAUCGAAGGCGAUGUGCUGGUGGUGAGGGAACCGCGACUGGAACGCCGCGAUUCGUUGCGCCAGGAGCGGGGCGGCGGAUCGGCGAGGGACCGCAGCGAGUGCGGCCAUCCGCCAGGCAGUCCCGGUGGCAACUCCGUCAGUGGAGCGGCCUCGCCAUCGGUGCAUCAUCGCGCCAACUCAGGUCCGACCAUUAACAUUAGUAUGUUCCACGAUCCAGAGUCGAAUAGUGUUGUGAAUCCUAAUGCCUCACCCAUGUUGAACAACAGCAGUCCCGGGAUGCCUGGCUCGCCCUGCAACAAUCCCGGCGGUCAACUGUGGAAGACACGGCUCACCAACAUCAAGAACAGUUUCCUCGGCAGUCCGCGUUUCCAUCGCAGAAAAAUGCAGGUUUCUGCGGAUGAAGUGCACUUGACGCCCGAAUCAUCGCCAGAGCUAACGAAACGCUCCUGGUUUGGUAACUUGAUAACCACAGAGAAGGAUGAGACGUUCACCAUCCUGGUCAAGGGCAAGCCCAUUGCCACCGUCAAGGCGCAUUUGAUACACGCCUUUCUAUCUAUGGCUGAGCUAUCGCAUAGUGUGGUUUCGCCCACAUCAUUUCGAGUGGAGUACAAACGGAAUGGCAACGGACCUGUGAUGUUCCAGCGCCAUGUCAAGUUUCAGGUGGACAUUAGUGCCAUUUGCAAGCAGGGCGACAUAGCAGAUAUGCUCUUUGCCUUAACAUUUACGCUGCUAUCGGGUAACAUUCGACGUUUUCGUCGCAUUUGUGAGCACAUCCAGUCGCAGGUGUGCUCAAAACGUUUCCCGGGUCCCAGCAGUCCGCCCACAGUGACCUCAGUGACGCAGGCCGUUUCCGAGAGCUCAUCGUGCGGCUCGGUGUCCAGCGAACGAUUGUCCUAUAAGCGACAGGUGAUUGAGAACGAUAUGGAGAACGAUUCAAUAUUCUCGUACAAAUCAGGCAAUGGCCGAAGAGCAUCGACCACAAACAACAAUAAUGCCAAUCCCGUGGAUAUACCCGGCAGUCCCAUAGCUGUGCGCUCCAAAUUUCUGAUUGAAUCAUCCAACAGCUCGGAGACCGCUGAGCACGAACGCAACCGGGAGCUGCAGAGUGAGCGUCAGGCGACAACGAUGUCCGGUAGUGCAAUCGCAUGAGAAUUAUUUCUCUGAUUUAGUUACAUUUUUCUCAAGGAUAUUUGUUUCCAUAUACGCGUACGCGUACGCGUACUUCUGCGUAUGACACCACAGAUAAAACCCAAAUGUUGUACUACUCGUAUGUGAAACGAAUCAGCCAGCAACUCAAACAGUAUUUUUUUUCCAAGUACCCCCUUCCCCAACCAAGCCCUCAUCACCAAGAGAUCUUCAAAAUAACUGCAAGAAAAGUCCCAAAAAAAAAAAAUAUAUAUAUAUACCAACACCAAAGCAAUAAUAGUGGAAUUUACAUAGACAUAAUAAAGUUUAUAAGUAUCAACAAUCACCAAUCGAAUACCGAUACCGAUCUAACAGAACUUUUGCUAGCAGCUAGCUCUCUAGCUUUUAACCAAUUUGAUUUUUAAUUCUUUAUUUUUAUUUCUGCGAAUUUUGAAUUUUUAUUGUAUGUUCGUUCGUUUUUGAUGGACAUUGUUGCCGCCGCGCCUAAAAAGCUUGCAAAUAAAAUACACCGUGUAAAAAAUACUAAAUAUACAAACAAACAAACAAAAGAAAUGAAUACACAAUUAUGCACUAGCUUAGAUCUCGAACUGGAGUUAAUCUAGCGACAUUUUCUUUACCUAGAAUAGGGCCUCGUAAUAUUUAGCUAUGCAAUGGAUAAAAAUGCUAACCAGAACAGAAAAGAAAGUACGCUGACAAUUUGUAUGUAAAUGGAGUGUAAGAAAAAAACGCAAAAAAUGCACUGAUCUUUGACUACUAAAUAAAAUAUACCAGAUAUGUACCAAAAAACAAAAAAAAAAACCAAAAAGGAUGGGGAAAACCGAAUGAAACUUUUGCAUUAACUUAGCCGUUGCUGUUUUUCUAAGCCCAUAUUGAUAUUGAUAUAUGUAACUAUUUUGCUAGCCACUAAACAAAACAUGUGAAUCGAUGAGAAGAAUACAACAAACAAACAAACAAAAAACGCAAACUAUUUUUCCUAAAACAAAAACAAAACAAAAAAAUACUAAAGAAAACGCGUCAGGCCUUCGAGAACUUCUGACAUGCAUGCAUGACGAUCAAAAAAGAGUGUUGUGUGGUAGCUGGAUGAAUGGACUUAAUCAGUGAAGAAUCCAUAAUCCAUAAGGUGUAUAAUGUACAUAGGCAAUACCAUAGGCACAGCGUAGUGAUGGACACAAAUGGCACAUAACAAAUACGAAAAAAUACGAAUACCAGAAAAUAUAUAUACAUAUAUAUAUAUAUUUUGCAUGGGCAUGAAGAGAAAAAAAAAAGCUUUCUAAACGAUAAUUAAAUGUAAAAACCAAAAAAUCAACUGGUAUGAUAUUUAUACAUAGCUAUACAUAGUACUAUAUAUGGUAGUGUGUGGAACAACAACAACAAGGAUUGUACAAAUUGCUGAGUUGCAUCAGCGACAAUGAAUAUGCAAAAAAAAAAUACCUAAGAGAGAGCGAGAAUUCCAUUGAAAUUUGUAUAUUUUUUGUAUUGGAUGAAACACACACAACACACAAUACACUUUGGGCUGGGACUAGACCAAGAUAUAGAUAAGGAUAAAGAUCCAAGCUGUCCAGGAAUGCACAAAUGGCAAUGCUAUCAAUAACUUAGGAUAGUUUUUUCUCUCAGUGUAAGAGUGUAAGAGGCAGCGUUUCGCAUGACAACCAACCAACAACCAACAAACCCCACAAAAACAAUCACAUUGAAUCUAUCCUAUAUAUGUAUGUAUCUACCUUACUUUUGAGUGGUUUUCAUAGCUUAUAGUUUUAGUUGUGUGGAAUCAGAGUUCUUUUCUAUAAAGCAUACGAUACGAUAAUUUGAAACUAAAAGACUUAAGCAAAAAUUGACAUAAAAGCAAAUGAAAUCCAAACAAAACAAAAUAAAAAAACCGUCCAUUUAUCCACUUAAAGCUAACCAACCAAGUAGAGGCAACUCAGCAAUUUGUGGGAUCCACUGGGAACAGUGUGUGUGUAAAGUGGAAUUCGAAGGACGAGUAGGAGUAU